GGAACCUAUAGACCCACACGAGGGAUAACGAUAUUCGUCAAAGCAAAGCAACCGAGCGCUCACACUGGAUUAGUCAGUCUGUCUUCAUGGACUAGAAGGGAUGGCUGUGCGAGCGAAACUUUUCUCUUUACUCUUAACUUUGUACCUGUUUUUGAACAUCUCUCAAGCGUCACCACCGACUGGAUCAAAGAAAGCGGGUACGGACAGAUGCAACUUUAAGGGUCUCCUGUCCAGUUCUGACGGCAGUGGGCGGAAGGCUGGGGUCACGUUCCGGACCGACAACUGCUCGCUGAACUGGAACCCCUUGGGGAAGCACGCCAUCCAUGAAGUCAGCAACGUCACCUUCAGCCACCUGGCCUGUGACAACCAGGCGGCCGUGGUGGUGCACUGGAUGCCAAGCCCGCUGGGGAUUGAGCAUGUGCGGGGCUUCAGGGUGUAUCUGGAGGAUAAGAACCCAGAGGGCAAGCAGUGCCAGCACAUGGUCCUGAAGGAUCCUCGACAGCUUAACUUCUCCUUCAGGAAUGUGAAAAUGAGCUCACAGCCCUUUCCCGGACUGGAAUUUGAGACCGACUAUAUGAUCCGGAUCGUGCCAUUCCCCACCUUCAUGAACGAAAGCUACUUCCCUCCAUCUUUCCUUCGUACCAAUACUUGUGAAGUACUCCUGGGCUCAGAUAACCUGGUCUGCAAACCAUUCUGGAAGCCCAAGAGCCUGAACAUCUCUCAGCUGGGGUCCAGCCUCCUGGUGGUGUUUGAUCAUGCCCCGCCCACAUUCAGCUUCAGCGCGUACUACGUUUAUUACAGGCUUAGGCAGGAGAGCUCUUUCAGGCUCAAGUGCUGCAAGCCGGAAUCCAGCUCUUACAAAACAACAUGUGUUCUCCCAGAUGUAACGCCAGGAACUUACACAAUCGAGCUCCGAGAUGACAACAACACCACUAGGAGACAAGCCCAGUACCACGUGAGCCAAGUGCACUCCCCCUGGGCGGGGCCUAUCCGGGCCAUGGCCAUCACUGUGCCCCUGGUAAUCAUGUCCGCCUUUGCCACACUCUUCACCGUCAUGUGCCGCAAGAAACAGCAGGAAAACAUCUACUCCCACCUGGACGAAGAGAGCUCUGAGUCGUCCUCUCACACCACUGCCUUAAACGCAGAUAGGCCCUGGCCCCGCCCCAAGGUCUUCAUCUGCUACUCGAGCCGAGACGGCCCCAAGCACCUCGCUGUCGUCCAGAGCUUCGCCAACUUCCUGCAGGACUUCUGCGGCUGUGAGGUGGCUUUGGACCUGUGGGAGCACCUGGAAAUAUGCAAGGAGGGUCAGAUGGCCUGGCUGAGUCGACAGAUCGAGGAGGCCCACUUCAUAAUCACCAUCUGCUCCAAAGGCAUGAAGUACUUUGUGGAGAAAAAGAAUCGGAGGAGCAAAGGAGGGGCCAGCCGAGGGGCGGGGUCAGGAGGGUCAGGAGGGUCAGGGGGCGGGGAUCUGUUUGUGGUCGCCGUGGCGAUGAUCGCGGAGAAGCUGCGGCAAGCGCGGCAGAGCUCGCCGGACCUCUCGCGCUUCCUGGCGGUGUACUUUGACUACUCGCGCGAGAGCGAGGUGCCGGCGGUGCUGGACCUGGCGCCCCGCUUCAGGCUGAUGGACCAGCUGCCGCUGCUGUUCGGCCGGCUGCACUCCCGCCAGCUCAGCCUGCCCGAGCGCGAGCCGCCGCCCCAGAACGUCAGCAAGCGCAACUACUUCCGCAGCCGCUCGGGCCGCGCCCUCUACGUGGCCAUCUGCAACAUGCACCAGUACAUCGCCCAGGAGCCCGACUGGUUCGAGAAGAGGCUGAUGCCUGCCCCUGACCCCGCCCCCAUUCCCGGCCCCGCCCCUGGCCCCGCCCCAUCUCGGGCUCGGACGCGGGCCCCGCCCAUGGAGAAGUUCGACUCUGGGCUGGUGCUGAAUGAGGUGGUGCUGAGGACCCUGCCCCCAGAGGGGGAGUGCCCGCUGACGAGUAACGCGCUUGUCCUCGCCUCCGUCGGCCCGGGGCCCAGCUCUGCCUCAGGCCCCGCCUCCUUGCAGGGGGAGCCCGAGGGCCCUGCCUCCCAGGACAGCCUCCCCAGCGCCCCCCUUGGCCCCCUCCCGCACACAGACGGCUCGGCCAGCCCCCCCGAAAUGCCCCGGGACUCUGGGAUUUAUGACUCAUCGGUGCCCUCCUCAGAGCUCUCCAUCCCCCUGAUGGAGGGGCUGUGCCCAGACCAGGCCGACUCCUCCUCCCUGACCGACAGCGUGUCUUCCUCCUCUGGCCUGGGAGAUGAGGAGCCCCCUGCUGUCAGCUCUCUGCACUGCGCCGGCUCCACCAUCUGCAAGGCAGAGCUGCACCACCACAGCCUGGAACCAAGUGAAGGACUGGCCACAGUGGCAUCGUUGUAGUGCCCGUUGCCUGGACAUGCAUUGCCACUUUACUGCCUUGUCUUCCAGCAGAAGUGCACUUAUUUGGGCCUUUCCCCAGCGGACCCACCCCCCCCCCCCAGCCCAUGCCCAAUGUGUUAGGUCAUCUGAAGAGGGGUGCGGGAACCUCCAGAGACCCUCUUGCCUCAUGUUGUCAUAAUCAACUGUAAUUCAUCUUUUCUGUGGAGUUUGGCGAACAAAAAAAAAAGUCCUUUUUUUGCUCCACCAACUUUUUGAAGAAGAAGAAAAAAUAACGUGUGGCGUCUGCAAUCUGCUGGAACUUGCGAAAGGCUGGGCACUGUUUGACCAAAGUGGUUGUGUUUUCAUGCAGCCUUGUCUCCUGUAGUGGUAUAACAUGGUGUAUAUGUUGUAGAGUGGCUCACAUCACCUGUAGAAAGCGUCCCUUCAUGGUUACCAGUUCAGCACCCCCCACCCAACUGUUUUUUUAAUAUCGCUACUUACUGGGUGGUGUUGCCAUGAGCCAGUGGUAAUCAUCAAGGUACAGUCUUUGGGAAAGUGUGAUUGAGUACGUAUUUGUACGUGGGUUUCUCAGUUUUUAUUUAUUGUUUUUUUGUUUUUAAAUGACUGGUCUCGCAUAUGCAUAUGAACAUGCCUGGAGAUGCCCUUGUCAUCUACUUCUGAGGUAGCCCACAGAAAAAAUAUGGUUAAUUGAGGCUGAAUAUGAGAGUCAAAGCACUUUUGAGAUACUAGUUCACAGAUUGUGCUUUGUAUAUAUUUUUUAAGAUUCGUUUUGUUCAACAUUAUCACCCUACAGUGCUAGAAAUAUAACUGCCCAAAGUUUGCAUAGAUCAGUUACUCAGUGGACAUUAGAAAUGUCUAUUUGGUUCAUUCUUUUGUGUAAUUUCUGGAAAUUGCAAAGGCCCAAAUAAAAAAUUGUAUAUUCUGUUAUAAUCACAUCAGAUUUCAUCAUAAUUAACUUGUCUCUCAGCUGUAAAUGACAGAGAUUAUAACAAGCUAUGUUAGUGGUCCUUAGCACUGUGAAAUCAUGGAUUCGGGUCCUCUUGUAUGGCAUAAACACUAUUUUUAUGGACAUUCACACUUGUUUUUAGUCGUUUUAAAACUUUUAUCCAAAUCCAAAUCCUCCUUUUGUUCAUUGUGUAGCUGUAGAGACUGGAUCGAUGCCUUUCAUAGAGUUCGAUGGGGAAUAAAACUGAAAAUGCCGUCCACCAUCUAGUUUACUUUAAAUGGGUCCACUUCUUUGUACUUUGCAAACUUUGUUCUGUUAAUGUUUUAUAUAUAGUUUAGGAUAUUAGACAUCAUUUCUACAUUAUAUAUAAACUCUGUACUGUUUUAUAGUACCCUAAUGUAGGAAAUAAGCACCAAAUAAAACUCUGAAUUUUAUUAAUGAUGA